AGACUAUACGACACUACGUCGUUCGUACGUCGCUGCCCUGGCCAGAAGUUAGGUAAUGCGUUACAGUUUGUUCGUUCACAGCUAUUCCUAACGUGUAAUUAUCUACGACGUCGUUUACAGUUUUGAAUUGUACUUGUCAGGUGGAAAAGCCGCUUCGCGUUUCCAACCAGCCGGUGUUUGUCUCUGAACGAUUGCCGUCAGCCGUUAGCUUGAGAGGCUAACAGGGUCCACAAUGGAAGGCAGCGCUAGCGUGAGGAAAGCCCUGUCCGGGACUCUGGUUCCCUCAGCGGUAACAACAGUGGCUCUCCGACAGCAACCCGAGGAGAAAGAGACGGGGAAGCGGAAGAGGAAGGUCCUUGAUGAAGAGGAGUACAUUGAGAGUAUAGAGAAGAUUAUCCAGAGGGAUUUCUUUCCAGAUGUGACAAAAUUACAAGCACAGAAGGACUAUCUGGAAGCUGAGGAAAAUGGAGACCUUGAGAGAAUGAGAGAGAUAUCUAUCCGAUAUGGGUCAUCUUUGACUAAAUCUACACCACGAUCCUCUGCACCCUAUGUGACUCCAGCUAGCUUUGAGACUCCAGUGGGUCGCUCAGGGUCUCCCUCCUCCACUCGUGGCAAUAAAGAUUUAGAUAGAGAGAGCAAAGACGAUGACAAGGAAGAGAAAGAGCUGCUCUCUCUGGAUCGUUUCUUGGCAAAAAAUACCAGUGAGGAUAAUGCAUCAUUUGAACAGAUAAUGGAUCUGGCAAAGGACAAGGAGAAACUGAAGCAUGCCUGGCUAUAUGAGGCUGAGACUGAAUACAAGCAGCGCCAUGAGGAGAACCUUGCUUUACCGUCAGUAGAGAAGGCAGCACUUGAAUGCGUCAAAGCUGGAUUGGAGACAUGGGAGUAUAAAGCCAAGAAUGCCUUGAUGUAUUAUCCAGAGGGUGUUAAAGACGACGAUGCUAUUUUCAAGAAGCCAAGAGAGGUAGUUCACAAGAAUACUCGCUUUGCGGGAGACCCAUUCAGCAAAGCUCUCAACAAAAGCCAGAUUCAGCAGGCUGCAGCUCUCAAUGCACAGUUCAAACAGGGUAAAGUAGGCCCCGAUGGGAAAGAGCUCAUCCCACAUGAAUCCCCGACAGUGAAUGGAUAUGGUUAUGAAAGAACGCCUUCCCCUGCACCUGGUGUAUCUGAGUCACCUCUGAUGACCUGGGGUGAGAUUGAGAGCACCCCAUUUCGUCUGGAUGGAUCAGACACCCCAUAUGUUGAGAGGAAUCACGGCCCAUCAUUUAAGAUUCCAGAGCCGGGACGGCGAGAGAGGCUGGGUUUAAAGAUGGCCAAUGAAGCUGCUGCUAAAAACCGUGCAAAGAAACAGGAAGCUUUGCGAAAGGUGACAGAGAAUCUUGCAAGUCUAACGCCUAAAGGUCUGAGUCCAGCCCUCACCCCCGCUCUGCAGAGGCUCGUAAACCGAACUUCUAGCAAAUACACGGACAAAGCGCUAAGAGCAAGCUACACUCCGUCUCCCUCACACAGAGUCACCGGCUGCAAGUCUCCCUUUGGUGGCCCAGCCACUCCAUCGGGGACACCAACACCAAACAAAGCCAAGACGCCAAGCUCUCAGGACCUUACAUCACUCACAGACAAUCUGCUGCAACUUCCCAAGAGACGGAAAGCCUCAGACUUUUUCUGAGUAAGAAAAGCUGUUCUCUGCUCGGAUUGUACAAAAGUAGACUUAUUAUUAUGAGGAGAACAUUAUUAUUAUAAACUCUCCAGACCCAGUUUUCUCAUAUUAAAGAGCAAAUCUUUCAGCUGGAUGACUGGAUAAAGAAAUGUACAUGAGGAAUUUUUACAGAUUUAUUUGUUACAUUUUUGUACAGAUGCGUUAAUGUAGAUCCCUGUGAAAUACAUUGUCCAAAUGCUAUGUAAUUAUUUGUUUAUCUUUUUGCAAUUUUUUUGUUUCAUCUCAAAUGCAAGGUUUCAUUUCAUUCAGACUUUUGUACAGUUUUCCUCCAGUUAAACUUGUGCUAUCCCUACCAGCACAUGCUUAACUGGUAUUUUUUAAUAUAAUUAUAACUCAGUAUUUGUUUCUGAGAAUCAUACAUCCAAUUAGAUUUUCAACACGCAGCA